AUGGUAUCAUACAUUUUCCAUACAUAUGCUGAAGGUAUAUCCUUGAUUGAUACAAUUAACAAUACAAUAGAAGAGUUGAACAUAAAGAAUUGUUUUUUCGCUUCAUACGAAUCAAUGAUUCUGGUUGGUGAUUAUAUCUAUAUCAUUGGUGGAUGGCAUAACCGAAAGAAAUGGUAUAAAUUUUCAAUUCAAUCGAAAUCAAUUGAAUAUACUGGUGAUAUCGAAGGAAUAGAGAUUGGAGAUUACGUAUCUAUAUGUUACGAUGGUAAAGAUUAUAUCUAUUUGGUUAAUGGGUAUGAAUCGACAUCUUAUAAUAUAGAAGAUAGACUUAAUAUAGAUAGAUUCAAUAUCAAUACAAUGAUAUUCGAGAGAUAUCAUCAACUAAGCAAUCAUUAUAAACGACAAAUAUCAACAAUGAUCUUUAAUAACAACCUAUAUUCUUUGGCAUUCAACAACAAGAGAAUGUUAUUUAAGCUAGAUCUAACUAGUCAAACAGUAACAGAUAUUGAAAUCGAUAUUAAUACUAGAACAGCAUGCUAUGACGAUAAAGGAAAUUUCUAUAUUCAUUCCAAACAUAAUAAUCGAUUCAUAAGAUUCAAUGUCGAAACCAAUCAGACAACUAAUUUAAUCAGUUUACCAGAGAAAGAAGGUGAUGUUUUUCUCAUGUAUCAUCGAAUGUCACCAACAUCAAACUAUAUCUAUUCAUUUGGUGGUGUAGACUAUGGUAAUUUUAGAUAUUCCAUUGAAACUGACCAAAUUGAACCAUACCAUACUGACCUUCCUUAUCAUAGCUACUGGUAUGGUUCUUUAUCAAUUCCAUAUUAA